UCCUCUUUCUCUGCCAGCUUUUUUCUGUUUGUCUUCUUCUUGCGUGGUCUUUGUUUGAGAGAGAGAGAGAGAGGCAGAGCAAGACAGAGUGUGCGUCUUUGUGUAUCUUGCACUUGGGACUGAGAGGGAGAGGUUCCCGGACUUUGGAAAAGGAUGCACAUGGUACCCAAUCCUAACAUUGAGGAAGCCUCUGCACGUGUAAUACCGGCAGCUGGAGCAGAGAACAUCCUCAGCCCAUCAUGAGGAGGAAGACAUGAAGGAAGUGUUUUUGUGCUGAAGGUCUCACUCUUCCACAAUGAGUUGGUCCUUCCUGACAAGACUCCUUGAGGAGAUCCAUAACCACUCCACGUUUGUUGGCAAGGUCUGGCUGACAGUCCUCAUUGUCUUCCGCAUUGUUUUGUUGGCAGUUGGCGGUGAGCCUAUCUACCAUGAUGAACAAAGCAAGUUCACAUGUAAUACUCAGCAACCAGGUUGUGAGAACGUUUGCUACAAUUCCUUUGCACCCCUUUCCCACGUCCGAUUCUGGGUCUUCCAGAUCAUCAUGAUCUCAGUGCCAUCCAUCAUGUACCUUGGCUAUGCCAUACACCGGAUAGCCCGGAUGGAGGGUGCCCAGCCAAAACCCAAGAGAAAGAUGCCCAUUGUGCAUCGGGGAGCUGCCCGGGAUUAUGAGGAGGCAGAGGGUGAUGACGAGGAGGACCCCAUGGUCUGCGAGGAGAUUGAGCAUGAACCCGAGACUGAGGCUGACAAGAAAACGCCCGAGAAGAAGCCACAUGAUGGCAGGAGGCGUAUCAAGGAAGAUGGACUUAUGAAGAUGUAUGUCUUCCAGCUCCUGAUGAGAACUUUGUUUGAAAUGGGUUUCCUGGCUGGCCAAUACUUUCUGUACGGUUUUGAGGUGCUUCCUGGCUUUGUGUGCAGUACGAUUCCUUGUCCAUAUACCGUCGACUGUUUUGUGUCACGUCCCACAGAGAAAACCAUCUUCCUGUUGAUCAUGUAUGUGGUCAGUAGUCUCUGCUUAUUGCUCAACUUUGCUGAGCUCUUCCACCUUGGCCUCGGUGGCAUCAGGGAUGGCUUGAGGGGCAGGCGGCAGGCCUCCCGUUCCCACCGCCCCUCCAAGAGUACCCCUUAUGCCCCUCCAGGCUAUCACUCUGUGCUUCGCAAAGACAAGACCAAGCUGGGCAAUGGAAAUGUGCCGUACCGGGACAACCUUGGUGGACUAGGGCCAGGGAACUUUGAGAUGUCCGAGGCAGUUCAUCGACACUUAAAGCUUGCACAGGAGCAGCUGAACAUGGCGUAUCGGGCAUCAGGAGAGCUCCCUCACCAACCGAGGAGUGGCAGCCCUGAGUCAAAUGGCACAGCUGUUGAGCAGAACCGACUGAACUUUGCUCAGGAGAGGGAUGGCGCCUGUGCCGACAAAGCAGGUCUGCGUGGGUGAUGCAGAUGGAACGGGCUCUUCAACCUUGAGAUUUGGAGAGAGUCAACGCUUGAAGCAACUAGGGACCUCAACUGGAAAGAUUCACAUUUCAUUCUCACUCUUUCGGCUUAAAUAUCACCAACUUGUAAAACUACUGGAAUGAGCCGGAUUGGGAGGGGACACUG